AUGGCGACCAUCCCCCUUCGCUCCUUCCGUACCACCACUGGCCGACAGGUGAGCCUCUCGCCUCGUCCUGCCUUCCCUCGCGCCCGCGGCCUUGGACGGGCGAGCGCGACUCCUCUCUGGGCCGCUGGUGCCACCGCCUCUGCUGGCGCGGGGAGCGCGACACUCCUCUCUGGUGCCACUGCCGCUCGGGCGAGCGGGAUUCCCCCCGUCGUCCUCCUCCGCGCGGGGUCUGUCGCUCGUUCCCGCGCCCUUCUCCCUGCUGCCGUGCACCGCGCUGCUCCACUUGGCGACGCAGCUCAUCUGACGUCCGCGAGCGCUCAGUCUUUUCUCCCCUGCGGGAUCCCCGCGACUGUAGUUCGCGCACGUAGUCCAACCGCGCCGGUCGCUCCUGCUGCGCUGCAUGGCUUGCGCGAUGUCCCUCCUGACGAUUGGGGUCGUCCCGGCGUGAUUCCUGCUCCGUCCGCCCCCUCGUCCUUCUCUGCCUCGUCAUCCGAGUCGGCCGCCUCGUGGGUUGGUGCGGAUUCUCCCUCCUCUGCUCCGUCCGGCUCAUCCGGACUUUCUCCUGCCUGCUCGGGGAUGGGCUCGUGCUCCUCCGCCGCAUCCUCGGCUUCGUUCUCCAGCGUCAGGCUCGAAUGA